GCGCCGCCGCCGGUUGAGUGACACACUGGGCAUCGAGAGGGCCGAGAGGGCGGGCCCAUGGCGGCGGCCUCCGCCCCGAAAGAGCCGGUGGAAGCGCGGGGGGAGCUCCGGCGGCUGGAGCGGAGUCGGGUGGUGCCGGGGCGCGAGGAGGGCGCUAUGCUGCUUCACCUGGUACCCGAGUUUGACCUGCGGAGGGAUGUGGUGCCCUGGCUGGCGGCGCGGGGUUGGGCCGCGGCUCUAGAUACUUCUGAGAAUUCAUCAGCACUAUAUGUUGUAAAUGUUGAAAGAAAUGGAAAAGUUAUUUAUACCUGGAAGGGAAAUCAGAGAAAUACUCACAUUGGAUUGUACGAUCUUCAAACUAAACAAAAUGAGCACCUCUAUAUGUUUGAGAGGGAUCUACGCAUAAUCAGUUGUUCAGUCAACAACGAAAGGACAUUAUUGGCGGUCAGCUUCCAUCAAUAUACAGAGGAAGAAAGAGUAAGUCAGCUGUUACAAUCAGUAUCCAAGUAUUUAGCCUUACUAAUUGAAAUUCAUCCCAUUAAUAAUGUGAGAGUCCUAAAGGCUGUGGACAGCUGUGUUCGAGUACAGUUUCUUUAUCCAACUGAAGGCAGAAAUACUCCCACAGGAAGUCGCCUCUUGCUAGUUUCAGAAGAUAAAUAUAUUGAACAAUUUGACAUUCAUGUUAUUGAAGAAGAACAACACAGAGUGGUGAUUCAAGACUCAGGUCAGCUUCCACGGGCCAGAGUUGCAGAUGACCUCAUUUGGGCACAAUGGGAUAUGAUGGAACAAAGACUCUUCUAUAUUGUUCCCAAGGAAUCAAGGAGUAUUUUAAAAUGCAUCCAGUUUUACCCUGAUGAAAAUUUUUACUCAACACUGGAAUCACACCUGGAUAUUUCUGUAAAUGACACACAAUUAAAGCUGUUAGACACUGCCUCUGCUCUUUUCUCCUCCAACUUGCCGUUUCCCGGCAGCCUGCACAUUCAAAGACUUGUGAAUUUUGGGUAUGAUUACUGUCAAGACCAAGAUGUUGCAUCUAAAUCUUUGAAUCUUCAGGUUUUUACAAGUAAAGCAGGAGGCUUGUGUGUUUGUUGUAAUCUAGCCUCUGAUAUUCCCGAUGAAAUAAGAUACUCCAUAUAUUUUUUACACAAAGGUUACAACAAAACUUUUACAGUUUCUCUAGAAAGAACAGAAACUCAUCAAUUGAAGGAAGUGGCUUUUAUGAAUCUUGACUAUUAUGUGGCUGCUUAUUUGCCUGGCCGGUUCCUGCACCUUCUGAAUAUUCAGCAUCCUGACCUGCUGUGCUAUAGUCUGUUUCUGACAGGUGAGGAUGCAAGAAUUGACAUGUUGCAAAACUGCUCCAUCCAAUCCCCACUCAAGUCAACAGUCUUGGAUUGCAAUGCAGGAAGUAUAUAUUCUGUGAGCAUCAGUGAGAGUGCAGUACUACGCUUCCUACAGAACAGCAAACGAGACAGUGAGAGAUUGGCAGCUCUACAUUGUGCUCUGUUGUACUUCCGACACACGGAAGACUUGGAAAUGCAGAUUAUUUGGUGGAUAUCUGAGAACCUGUCAACAUGUCAUUCUUUUGACCCCAUUCAAGAAUUUAUCAUUGCCUCCCUGUACUGCAGAAUGUGUCCAGAAACUCACAACCUGGAUAAACUUUUGCCUUACACGUCACUGCUUGACUGGAUGGGGAUUAUCCCUGGAGUAACAUGUGUGACAGACAUUAUUUCUAUACCUGUGUUAGAGUUCCAAAACUCUAAAGGCUUCUGGGAGAAACUCAACUCAAACUUGGAGAGUGUGAAGUAUGCAGAGCCACACUUGCAUUACCACAAUAACGUGCUCAGGAAGGAAUGGCUUAACCUUUCAGAAGAAAGAGAGGAAAGAAGAACCACAGCAUAUUUGAGGCAUAUUUUUGAUAAUGCCAAAAAGGUGCUUUCUCAUCUGGACACUUGGUACUCUGAGGAAAGGCUGGUACCUCUCUUUCAAGAGGAGGAUUAUCAACAGCAAUUGCUGAUGGGACUGAUGGUUGCUCAGCUGAAGGAUCACCUUAUGAGACAUUUGCAGUAUGUAGGAAAACAGAAGAUUGACCAAAUAGUUCUGGAUUACGUUGCAAACCUGCUGAAUCUGGUACAUCGAAUAAUGAAAGAAGUUUGGAGGAGACACCAGCUUCAUUCCUGCAUCUUCUGCUUUGAUGAGCGAGGAAGUGCAGCAGAGUUUGCAGUGUUCCACUUCAUGAGUCGCAUUCUGCAAGCUGCAAGUGGCUUGUGCCUGCCUUUGCCUCCUGGUUUUCACACUCUGCACUUGGGGCUUGGUGUUCGAUGUCUCCCUCUGCACACCCUCCUGCACUACAUUGAUAAUGGAGUCUUGCAUUUGACAGAAACAUGUGUCAGGAAGUUGCUGAAAGAUCUGGAUGACACCGAGAAGAAUGAAAAGCUGAAGUUCAGUAUUGUCAUGAGGCUUCCAGAGGCUCUUGGUCAAAAGGUCCGCCAGUUUUGGAAUCAUCCAGUCAAUGCUAAUUUCAUUGCACGGAAAUAUGUGAAACUUUUGCUUGAGAAGCUGGGGAGCAGGCAGUGCAGCAGGCCUAUCCCUGAGAGACUCUCAGUCCCUCUAGAGUUUUUGCCACUUAACUACCUGACCAGUAUGCUGACAGAGAUAGAGAAUCAAGGUGUGCAUCCAUAUGAAAAACAGGACCAUGUUAAUGUAAGAUUUGUAGAGGAAACAGCACUCAGACACACUGUGAUGCUUCUGGGCCUCAAAUAUUCCUGAAAUAACAGGCUGCUGAAGAAGGCUGUCUAGCUGUGGUGCUCGUAUAAAAGUAUUCACACAGAAGUAUGCAACUAAUGUGGUGGGGGUUUUGUUGUUGUGUUGUUGUGGUUUUGUUGUUGUUUGGUGUGUUUUUUUGUUUUUCAUUUUUUUAACUUAAGUGUUAUGUUGUUUCCCAAACAAUCUGCAGUUUUGGGUAGCCACCAUUACUGACAUAGGCUACUCAAAAUAGUGCUUGGCCCAGCGUAUUAAGGCUGAAAUUACUGACUUCUAGAUAAAACCUAGAGAAAUGCAUCUGACAGAAACCUGGAUUUGAAAUAGAUCUGUGGUUUCAUUUUGAAGUUGUUGAACAUGUAGAACUAUAGCAGGUAUCAAAACAUGCUGUGAAAAUUGAUAUUAGUGUCAAUUAUUUUAACAAGAUGGGCAUUCCUGAAAACAGUGAUCCAGUUGUAUUGUACAGGAACAAGAAACUGGUAACUGUUUGCUCAUUCAGAUUAAUAGAAGGAUUCCUUGGUGGUGUUAUGUAAGGCAGGGAAGAAUAACAAAUGGUGGAUUAGUUUUUGUAUAUAAUUCAUCAGUAAUGAUGUAUUCAUUCCUGUGGUGGUCACAUCUUAUCUUACUGUACUUCUGCCUUGAGUUGGAUUCUAAUAUAUUCAGUUUUGUAAUUAGCACAAAAUAUAAUCCCUUUGAAGUGCAUAUGACAGGGUUUUUUAAGAUAUGUAUAAUAUACUGUAAGCAAUACAGGAUAAGAGAAGUUAUUUGGAAAUUUAUCUUAACAGUGGCUUGGACAGAGUUUCACUUAAUUCUUGCGUUAUAACUUUUACAGUUAAAAUCUGAGCUUCAAAGAGAAAUUAUGGAGGUUGUUUUUCCUUCCAGACAUGCAGGAUUUUUGCAGUCUUUACGGGACUUAAACACCUAUUUAAGUUUGACUGUUAGACUAGUGAAACACAUUGACAGUUUGAUAGAUUUUGGAGGUUUUCAAUAACAACCUCAUCUGUGCUCCCUGAGUAGUUUCCGCAGAUGCUUCCUGUUCCUUACCAGUGAAAUAAAAAGAUGCAGUUCUCAGGAGUGGCUUGGCAAGUUCCUGGUCAUUCCCUUGUCAUUGCCAUCAGUGGGGUGGAGUUUUGGCUUUCUCAGGAAGUGCACAGAGGGAAGGGAUAUUUUUCUGAAAAUAAUUAAAAUUUGUCUGGCAGGAAGCUGUGUUGGUGUAUUUGUGUAAGUGACGGGGACUUUGUAUUAAUAAUAAAGACAAGAUUUUUCUAGCCUUUUCUUUAUAAUGAAAUGUAUUAGAUGCAAUAAAACUUCACCUGGAAAAAAGUAAA